UUGAACCUUUCUCUGCUAGUCACAUGGCUUACUUCUAGUCGCUCACUCUGCUGAAGAGUCCGUUUUUCUGCUUGUGUUCCUGUGUUGCUUACCUAUUUACUAUUUUAUUUACUUACAUAAAUCUCCCGUACUGUCGUCUGGUUAGAACGGACAUUAUAGGAUACGCGUGGGCGCAUCAAGAUACGUGGUAACUGUGCCAUAGCUGUUCGGCAUCGCGUAAUUUGACGAUGUUUGGUUCCGCGACUAAACAGUCGUGGCAGUCCAUACUGAAAAAGCCUGAAGUCUCUAUGGAGAACGAGGAGUAUGAAGUUGAAUGUAUCCGAAAAAAGCGAUACCGGAACGAUCAGGUGGAAUACUAUGUCAAGUAUACCGGGUAUGAUGAAUGUGAAUCUUGCUGGAUCCCGGAAAGCGAUCUCGACAACGCGCGCGAAGCUGUGGCUACAUUUGAGCGGACAUCAAAAAGGCGCAGAGAAAUCGAAAAUGUACCAAGUGCGGAUACAUCGGUGCCGAGCGCAAAACUGCAGCGUCCGCUUCCGACUGUCCCAACCACUGGUUUUGGCUCUCACCGCUUCAAAGAGCGCAAGGACUUUGAGGUUACCAAGGAAAGUACUCGUCAGGCGCAGCGUAAUGCGGUAAUACCGACCGCAGCACAGCCAGCUCCAUUGGAGCGCUUGUCGAAUCGUGAUUUUGGACGACCUUCGAAGGGACACCGCAACGGACGCUCGGUUAAAGAAUCCGGAUUUUUUCCCCAGGUGUCGAUCACCGGUCAGAUAAGCGCUCCGCUUCCGGCAUCGGUUCCACAUUCCAUUGCCGUGGUCACUAACGGACAAUCUGGCGUCGAGCAGGGCAAACUGGUGGUAAACAUCAUCGCCUUUAAACCGGCACAACUGCGCAUCCGCUCACUCAACGAUGUGCAGUACUUGAUCAAUUACGCCGAUCAUCCGCAGGACUUCGUGCCACAUGCUGUAUGCAUCCAGCACAUCCCGGUGCAUGUUGCAGAGUAUCUCGCUCAAACUCCGAUUAUGUGGCUCCAGCCGGAUUAGAGCUGUAUUCGUACAGAAAUGCCCAUUGCAGGUGAUUAACGGUGGUCCGCUGACUGACGUAUUGGUUUUACAGUAGCGCCGCUUCUGGCACCGAGUUCUUCCGUCAGGAUGUACUGUAUCUCGUGGAAUGAAAUCUCAUUUCUGUUUGUUGUUCAUCAUGUCCUGAUAGAAUUUCCUGUGAAACUUGUGAUACAGAUCCUCCCAAAGAUAAGUUUCCUAACUUAAUUCCCACUUCCCGUGGAUAAAAAGGCUCAGUAUUUUUUUGCAUUUGUGAUGCAGUGAUGCAUUUUUGGUUUUUGUCAGAACUAGUAGUGGUGGCUACAAAACUCUGCGGUAUUAAAGUGCUGCUUGAGUUA